AUGACGACUCAACAAGGAGCUAUUUCCAAGCGUCGCAAGUUCGUUGCCGACGGGGUCUUUUAUGCCGAAUUGAACGAAUUCUUCCAGCGCGAGCUGGCCGAGGAAGGUUACUCUGGUGUUGAAGUCCGAGUCACUCCUACCGUUACCGACAUCAUCAUCCGUGCCACACACACACAAGAAGUCCUGGGCGAGCAAGGGCGACGAAUUCGCGAACUCACCUCUCUAAUUCAAAAGCGCUUCAAAUUCCCCGAGAACAGCGUCUCCCUUUACGCCGCCAAAGUGCAAAACCGUGGUCUUUCGGCCGUCGCUCAGUGUGAAUCUCUACGAUACAAAUUGUUGAACGGUCUGGCUGUACGAAGAGCAUGCUACGGUGUCCUGCGAUUCAUCAUGGAGAGCGGUGCGAAGGGCUGCGAGGUUGUUGUCAGUGGAAAACUGCGGGCUGCUCGAGCAAAGAGCAUGAAGUUUACCGACGGCUUCAUGAUCCACUCUGGCCAACCAGUCAACGACUUCAUCGACCAUGCCACCCGUCACGUCCUCCUCCGACAAGGUGUCCUGGGUAUCAAAGUCAAGAUCAUGCGCGGAAGUGAUCCUGAGGGCAAAUCCGGUCCUCAAAAGUCUCUCCCCGACAGCGUCACCAUCAUCGAUCCCAAGGAAGAGCAACCCGUCCUGCAACCUAUGUCCCAAGAUUACGGCGCGAAGGCCCUCGCAGCCCAGCAGGCGGCUCAAGAUGCCAGGGCGGCAGAGGCGCAGGAGAAUGGAGCAGAGGAGGUGUACGUCCAGGAAUAG